AUGUCAAAUCCACAAUUUCAAUGCCGCAUGUACGAGGCAAAGUAUCCUGAAGUUGAAGACCUAGUUAUGGUUAAUGUUCGGCAGAUCGCAGAAAUGGGAGCAUAUGUCAAGCUGCUGGAAUACGAUAACAUUGAGGGUAUGAUCCUUUUAUCUGAGUUGUCUCGAAGACGUAUUCGAAGUAUUCAAAAGCUUAUUCGGGUUGGCAGGAAUGAAGUUGUAGUAGUAUUAAGAGUAGACAGAGAAAAAGGAUAUAUUGAUUUGUCCAAACGUCGAGUUUCUCCAGAAGAUGUAGCCAAAGCUGAAGAAAAAUUUAACAAAUCCAAAGCAGUACACAGCAUAAUGCGACAUGUUGCUGAAAAGCUAAAUAUUGUUCUCGAAGAUCUGUAUAAACAAAUUGGUUGGCCAUUAUACAGUAAAUAUGGUCAUGCAUAUGAAGCAUUUAAAUUGGCAAUCACGGAGCCAGAAAAGGUUUUUGAAGGUCUCGAGAUAUCUCAAGACAUUAGUGAUGAAUUGUUGAACAAUAUAAAAAGACGGUUGACACCACAACCUAUUAAAAUCCGAGCUGAUAUCGAAGUUACAUGUUUUGGUUAUGAUGGUAUUGAUGCUAUAAAGUCGGCACUUAAAUCCGGUGAAGCUUGUGAUACUAAUGAUAUUCAAAUUAAGGUCAAAUUAGUAGCACCUCCAUUAUAUGUCAUGAUUACCAACGCGUUGGAUAAGAACUUGGGGAUUCAGACAUUAGAAAAAGCAAUUACUAUUAUUCAUGAGGAUAUCGAAAGAUCCGGAGGCGUUUUAACGGUCAAAAUGAAGCCAAGGGCUGUAAGUGAAACAGAUGAUAUUGAACUUGCCGCACUUAUGGCUCGCGUAGAAAAAGAGAAUGCUGAAGUUUCCGGUGAUGAAGAUUCCGAACCAGAAGCCG